AUGGCAUCCGGCUUUGCUUACCGGAUUGAGAACCCGAUCAGCAAGGUCUUUGGGUUUUCCAAGUAUCAGAAGCCACAACCCCCGCAGCCAACAGUUGAGAAUAUCUUGUCAAAGGACAACAGACAAUCAAAUGCUGGUCUCAAUCUCUUUCUUGGUUAUUUUCUUCCCCUUGAACUUAUCCAUCACAUCCUUCUCUAUUUGGACGUGGCUAGCCUGGGCAACCUGCUUCUGGUCGAUGCAGUAUCAGAAUCUCAAGUUCUAUCACUCCGUCCCUAUCGGUUGCUCAGAGAAAAGGCAUUUGAAACACUGCAUCUGAUGGACAAGAUGCGUCUCUCUCACCAUUACACCACUGAACAGCUCUAUAACGAGUUUACCCAACCUUUGUGUCGAACCUGCCAUGAUUUCGGACCAUACCUCCACCUUCCAACACUCAAGCGGUGCUGUUACAACUGCAAUUAUCACAAUCCAUUGUACAGAAUCGCCCGCGUGAAGGACAUCUGUUUUUACUUCGAUCUGAAGGAGACAGACCUCGGGGAUAUUCCGAUUGUCCACAGUGUGUGGGAACCUGGGGUCCGUCUGGCAAGCGUCUCCCAGAGUGAUGCGAUAGCUGUGCUACUCCACGGGCUCGAAGGAUCACAGAGCAAAACACAUGAAGCACGUCGUACCAUGAAGAGAGAAUUUGCGACUUUCUCGGAAUGGGGACCCCGGAGGUCUCCAUCUAUUAGACGUCCGCUCGCUCGUCCUCCACUCAAUCCUCGUCCGAGCGUGACUGUUUGGUAUGAAGGCGACUGCCACCAAUUACAAUUCAUGGCUACCGCUCCACUCCCUUAUUGGGAUAAUGAAACCAAAACCUUGGAGUCUGGAACAUACUGUCGGGCUUGUUAUCACAAUCAUAACCACUGGCCAAAGGUCGAUAGAUCUGAUGAAGAUGAGUGUUACAGUAGGCGGGCUUAUCAUCGGUCGUAUCAAGAGGUGGAUCUUCCGGAGCACUUUCGAACGUGUGCUGCCCACAUUGCCUCUUGGCAACCGAGACGGGCUUAUUCCCGUGUUCGCCGUGGCGACGAGUACAGCUGUCAAAACGUGGAGAAUCAAUUUUGGAACAGGAACUGGAGGAGACGAUGUCACCGCCAUGAAAUUCGAACACGCAAACCAUAG